AUGUUAAAAUAUAUUGAGACAGUCUUUGAAUCUCUAUUAAAAAAAUGCAAGUUACUUACAUUGUAUAUAAUAUUAAUUAAUUUCGUCAGAUUGAAUUAUGUGACAUCCGAUAUAAGUAGAUUGGCUAUUACGGAAGGUCUUAUAUUCUCUCCAAGAUCAUUAAAUUUAAUAGAAUGUACAAACAAUGUAAUUCCUGAUAUUAUAAAGGAAAUUACAAAAAUAGAUGAGAAAAAUUCUCACAAAGUUAAAACAUGUCUUGAAGGGCAACAUUUUCAGAGAAGCAUGAUGGGCCUAGCUUUAAGUUUCAGCUCAGGAGAGAAUCUUCAAUAUAACAAGUUGAAAUGCCCAAGAUUAAUUGCAUCUUUCUUGAGAGAUAGAAUUCUUGGUUAUUCAUGCCCUUAUUUAUCAAAUAUUAGUGAACUUUUUAACUUUGUAGAAAAUAAAGAGCUCAAAACUAAGGAUUCAAUAGGGAAAAGAAAUAUCCGUGCUCAUCCAAAUAAUGCAAAGAAUGCUAAGUUACCUACAAUAUUAACAAGUUUAUAUACAAGGUUAAUACAAAGUUGCGACAAAAUUGAAGAUUGCUUUUUAAAUCUGGAUAAAGAGUCUCAGACAAAGUAUUUGAAACAAGAUGGUCCGAAUUUAAAUAAAUCCUCACUUGAUUUUAGUCCAAAUGAUAUUAAGCUUGAAUUAGAACAAAAUAAUAUUAAUUCAAUAAUUUCACUAUUCCCAAAAAAGAUUGGAAGAAGAGAUAUUUUGACUUAUUCCAAUAAUUUAUUAAGGAGUGCAACUUUGGAAUUUGAAACUAAUUUUGAAAAAGAAAGUCCUCUUGAUCCUUUUUGGCUUAUACAAGCUUAUAGAAUGCUCUUGCUAUAUUCAGUAAUGCUUAAUGAUGCUGGAAUAUUUGUUAACCUAAGCUCAUAUUAUUUCCAAAAAGUCUUUAAUUAUUUAUUGGAUACUCAACAUUUACGCAGUAUUGAUUCUUUACAAUUACAAACAAAGUAUUUAAAUUUGGACAAAUCAUCAAGAAAACAGUUAUUAUUUCUAAGAGCUUCAUAUACAAUUUUGGAAUCUUGCUUUGAUUUUUGGAAAGAUCUUCAUAAUUACUACGUUUCAUCAAUUUUAACUAAUAAAUACAAGGCUAAAGAUCUAGAAAUAGUUUUGGAUUUCUCAAAGAUUUGCCAAAAAGGCUUUCAAUUACCUUUAAGACAAUCAUUAAUUUUUUUCUACUAUGCUGGGAUUAAAGAAGUUAUCAAAUAUUCAGAUAUUAAUGAAAAGUCUACUAAUAAUAGUACAAACAUUAUUCAACAUGAUAGCAGUGAGUUCACUGAAUCUACCGAAAACAAUUCUACAGAUAAUAAGGAAUGGUAUGAUGGUUCUUCUAUUGACUUUGCUAUUAACACUCCUUGGUUUGUUGAAAGUACCAACUUGUUUUAUCCAGUAACAACUAUUGAGGAGUUGGAUAAAAUUUAUAAUAAUGAGGUUUCAGCUUUGAUUAAACAAAGUGAUCCAAAUCUUAAUCCAAAAGCCACUGUUUUGAAUUUGAAUCACGAUAUUUUGUCUGGCUAUUUUAUUGGUGGUAACGGAUCAAUGAUGUAUAGAAGCUGUACUUAUUAUUUAAGAAGAAAGUUAAGAAAAGGUUCUAAAGAGUUAUUAUUGGCCCAAGUUAAAAAGAUGAGUAAGAAUAGUGGAUUUCAUGAGGUUAGUCCAAGCGAAAAGAUUCGAUACUUUUGCUGGUAUACAGCUAAAAUAGUAUAUCCGAAUGAUUCAACUUUUGAAACCGAAGAUAAGUACGAAAAGAGCCAAUUUACUCAAGGGAAUUUUAAAGUUUCUCAAUCUGCUGAAAAGAAUAGUAACAUUAUUAGAAACAAAAACACGAGAAUUUCUUCAGUUUCCUCUUCUCCAAAGAGAAUUGAAUAUCAAGACAUUAAAAGUCUUGAACAAAACCCUGAUAGGGCUUCUUUUUCAUCAACUUCAAUGACCUCUUCCACUUCUCAACCAUCUUUAUCAUCUUUGAAUGGUUCAAUAACGACCAGAAAACAUUCAUCAUUUUUAGAUGAUAGACGCCGAGAAAUUCUUCAAAGAUUAUACCCUCAAAGUUCUGAUUUGAAUAUGAAUUCCUUAGCAUAUUCAAUUUCUGAUAAAUCUGGUGAUUUGAAGGGAGUUCCUGUCAUUAAAAAACAUUCAAAUUCUUCAUCUCCUCAGAUGUUAGAGCCAUCAUCUUUAGUAUCAAGUAUUAGGGGAAAGUACGAGCAAGACAGUUGCAAGAAAAAAGACGUCAAGGAAAAUACUACAUCAAGCAAGGGUUUAAUGCCAAGGUUGCUGGAGGAAAUUAAAUCAGGAGUAAAGCUAAAACCAACAGGAUCUUCAGCUUCGAAUGAGAUUAUGAAUAACAUUAGAAAAGAAAUUACAAGUUCUGCCAAAGCUGUGCAUCUUGGAGUUUCUUCUUCUCAAAUCAAAAAUGAUUUAGAAUCUACAGAGUUUGCACCUCCUCUUGUUGAAACGAAUCUGUUGGAUGAAAUAAGCAAUAAUCACAAGUUUUUAUUUGAACAAUAA